AUGGCAACAAACGCUCUCUUCUCUCUCAUCGCGGCGUUAGCGAGAAUAGUAGGGUUUCUCGCCGCUCCGAUGGUGGCUAUCGUCUCCCCUAGGGUUUCUAGAGUGUAUCCCAGGGAGAUUCCAGCGGAUAUUUGCCGCCUGGUAAAGGAAUUAGCAAUUGUCCCCUCGUUGUUGGAGGGUUGGAAUAGAAUUCUGAAUCGGGUGAUACUCGAUCUGGAGAAAUCAAAAGCUAUCCCGUUGUGGAUGUCGGCGAAUUUCCCUCGGGCUCUUCCGUGGGUGCCUGCAGAUAAUUAUCAAAAGAGUUUCAAAUCAAGUAAAGUCUUGGUGAAGAGUAAUCGCCAAGAGGUGUCAUGGAAUACGGCUCUAUUGAGGCCGGUAGAGAUGUGGUAUUAUUUAAUCACAGAAGCCCAGGGCGACAUUCAGCCUGGGAAUUGUAUUGCGGUUGCUGAGCAAGAACGAGUCCAGUGUGGGAUCUCGAAGAACAAUAGGAGUAACUGUCUACAAGAGAUAGGUAUGCCUAUAAUGGUUUGGAGUUUAUUUUCCUUUUUGUAUCGAUUGUGGUUUUACCCAUUUAUUGGGAUUUUGAGAGUGUGGUUCUUGAAUUGGAGUGAGCAGAUCAUGGAGAACCAGGGCAAUGCCAAGAUGGUGACUCAGGACUCUCAGAAGGUGCAGCAGAUGGAGGAAUCCUUGACAGUGGGGAGUCAGACAGGGCUAGAGAGCCAUGGUGAUCAGAGUGUGCCGAAGAUGCAGAAUACAAUGGCGGUGGUGAUUGAAAAUGAAGAGACUCUGAGGAAGCAGCCCAACAGGGGAGCUAUGGUGCUGGGAUUGAAAGACGAUACUAUGAGACAGGGUAUGGGUAUGGUUGCUGGGAAUCAGGUAGUGGAAUUUACUAUGGAAGAUGUUGCUUCAGGGAUGCAGGGCGUUAAGUUAAGCCUGUUGGGCAGAUUGUUUAUAGAGAAUCCCCCCAGUCUGGCUGUUAUUCAUAAGAUUGUGACGGGGGCUUGGAACUGUAAGGUUCAAGUGAUGGAGGCGGAAAUGGGUUUACUGCAAUUCUUCUUUUACAAUGAAGCAGAUCGGGAUUGGGUGUUGCAGCGCUCUCCUUGGCCAGUGAGGGAUAGGGUGCUCCAUCUUCAGCAAUGGGCGCCAAUUACCAGGGAAUUGGUGAAUUCGUUCGAGAUGAUUCCUUUCUGGGUGCAGAUGUGGAAUAUCCCCUCUCAUUGCCGGACUGUUGCGUUUGGCAGAAGAGUUGCAGGAGCAAAGAUUGGUGAAGUUCUAGAUGCUGGAGUUUUUGCUAUUAAAGGUGAACCGAGUCAUUUCCUCAAGGCAAAGGUUAAGGUGAAUGUGUUUGAGCCUCUCCGAUCUCAGGUAUAUGCUAGUAAUGACCAAAUUGGCGAGUUUUGGGUUACACUGGUGUAUGAGUUCUUACCAUUGUUCUGCUAUCAUUGUGGUCGGCUGGGGCAUAAGGCUCCGCAUUGCUCAUUCCCGGAUCCUGAAGGGGAAGAGCAUUAUGGCCCGGAAUUGUCAACUGACAUUAUAGGGCAUCGCUUGGAUGAACAAACAAAGAUCCCGGUUCAUCUGUUACCGGCAAUGCACAAGACAGUUUGGCUGAAUCCUGCAGUGAAGGUGGGCGGAGUUGGUAAUAUACCGGGCAACGCCACAAGUUUGGAUGCGGAAGGGGGGGAACAGAUGCAGGGAGGGCGAGUUCCCAAAGGUAUCGUUGAGGCUCAAGUGGCGCGGUUGGAGCAAUCUGGAUAUCAGAAACAUGCAAGGGGGCAUCUAGGGGGGUCCAGGAUUGAGGAUUCUGUUCAGGGUCUAAAGAAGCAGAUGGGGCGCGGACUGCCUCAGUGGGAUGGAUAUGCACAUGGGUUUGGACAUGGGAGUCGAGGUCGUGGAGCUGGUAGAUUAUUUCGGGCACGAGGGAAGCCAUAUCAUGGAAGAGGACAGACAGGGCCUAUGCUGAAUAGGGCUGCUGGACAGUAUCAACCAACUGGGGGGGUGACUGCAGGUCGCGAUGGAGCUGCUAGAGGUGCUCAAGAGCAGCCAAUGGGGCUGCAAAAACAUAAUAAACAUGAUGAUGUUGUGUUUAUGCAGGAGCAUGGAACAGGAGGCACUAAUGAGGAGCAAGUAAAGGAUACAAAUGGGACUGUGUUCAAACAGGUCUUCAAGCUGUCACUUGCUGAAGUGGACAUUCCAGGGGAGAAGAAGCGAGUAGCUAAGGAGGUGGAGGGGCUUGCUGAAGAUCCUACUCCGCCUAAGAAGAAUUGCAUAGAUGGCAAAGAUACAGUCAAUGAGAAGAAGAAUUCGGUGGAGGUAGCCAGCCGGGAGUGGCCCCCAAAAACAAAAUGA